ACUGGCCACCAACAUAUCAUAGACAUGGAGACGCCGCAUACUGAGCACCUCUCCUCGGCUGACUACGAGCACGUCUAUGAGCCGGCGGAGGAUUCUUUUUUGUUGCUCGAUGCGUUGGAAUCGGAUUUGCAGUUCCUGGACACGCUGCAGCCGCGUCUGUGCCUCGAAAUUGGUUCUGGCAGCGGCGUCAUCAUCACCGCACUGGCCAAGCGCUUGGCAAACACCGCCCACUGCCUGGCCACGGACAUCAAUCCAAAAGCCUGUGAGGCUACAAAGCGCACAGCCAUACGAAAUGGAGCUCGCUUGGAUAGCCUGCGCUGCAAUCUAACCGAUGCACUGCGUCGACGAUGCGUAGAUUUGCUGCUCUUCAAUCCGCCCUAUGUGGUAACCACUGAUGAGGAGCUGCAAAGCCAAAUGCUGACAGAUAAUCCUGCCACAGAGCGCAAUUUGGUCUAUUCCUGGGCAGGUGGCACAGAUGGACGGCGUGUAACUGAUAUUUUAUUGGAGCAAUUGGAUGACAUACUCUCACCCAGCGGCGUGCUCUAUUUGCUGCUGCUGCACGAGAACAAACCAGAUGAAAUAAUCGAACAAUUAAGGCGGCAAAAGUUCCAGGCUCUCAAAUAUAUGGAGCGACGCAUUCCAGGCGAACACUUAUACAUAUUGAAAGUAAAACGAUUCGCAAAUUGAUUGGCUUGUAUAAUA